AUGUCAGGAGAAGGCACAGACCUUCCAAUAUUCCAAAGUAGUAAAACUAUGGAUGGAGAUGUUAUAAAUCGCCCUGGUUCUUCACAACAACAAUUGGUACCAAUUGCACAUACUAUAUCGUCUCCUUCUAGGGCAUAUCAAAAGGAUACAGCAAUGUGGUCGCCUCCCCUUUCAUCACAUCCAAUCAUGUCACCACCAGAUCUCACCCCACAACACCCUGUCUUCUCCUCUGAAGAUCUUACAAGACCAGCUGCAGGUCUAAGAAGAAGGCCAUCAGUACCUCCACCAAGAAGAUAUUCCGGCGGCGAUUACGACCCCAAGCUGAGUUUCACAUCUGAGUCAGGAAGAGCUCUUCGUGCUCGAGAAGACCUCUACUAUAGCGAUCGGGAGAGAGAGAACUCAAUGUCAUCCCGCACACGUGUUCGUGAUGAUCAUCCCCAUCCAGAUUAUCACGAACGUUCCCGUCCCCCACGUACAUAUCGCAAUGUUGUAGGAUGGGAAAGUGGACCUCAGAAAUCAUAUUUUGAUGAUUCAUCAAGAAGUGAUCUUGGCAAAGAUCGAGACUUGGAAAAGGGGAUGAGAGAACCAGGUGCUGCACCUGAGUGGGCCAGUGGUGAGAGGGUUAGAAGAAAGAGUACAGACGAGAGUAUCGACGGGUAUAACUACGAUUCGCAUAAAAGGAGUGGAACGAAAGGAACGAUUGAUUUGAACAAUUUGACACCAGAAGAAAGAGCUAUAGUCAUGAGGUUACCAUGGACACAAUGGAUGAAUAGUAAUUUCAAAAAUCACUUCGUAGCAACAAUCGGUGAAUUCGUCGGCACAACCAUGUUUCUCUUCUUUGCUUUUGCCGGUACUCAAGUAGCCAAUAUCGACAGUAACACAGUGAACACUACCACAGGUGCUGCAACAGGUUUCAACGUCGCAGUUCAGCUUUACAUCGCAGUUAUCUUCGGUUUCUCCCUCAUGGUAAACGUAUGGAUUUUCUUCCGUAUUUCUGGUGGUCUCUUCAAUCCCGCCGUAACCCUCGGUAUGGUACUCGUUGGUGCCAUCCCUAUUCCCCGCGCUGUCUGUCUAUUCUUCGCCCAGAUCCUCGGUGGCAUAGCUGCUAGUGGAAUGGUUCUCGGUCUCUUCCCUACUACAUUCAAUGUACGAACUACGCUCGGUGCUGAAACAUCCACCGUACAAGGUGUCUUUAUCGAGGCGAUUCUGACAGCUGAGUUGGUAUUUACCAUUUUUAUGUUGGCGAAGGAGAAACACAAGGCGACUUUCAUUGCGCCAGUGGGUAUUGGUCUAGCAUUGUUCAUUGCCGAGAUGGUCGGAGUCUAUUAUACUGGUGGAAGUUUGAACCCAGCGAGAAGCUUUGGUCCUUGUGUUGUUAGUGGAUCAUUCGAUAAGGAACAUUGGAUUUAUUGGAUCGGACCAAUGGUCGGAACAGCCAUCGCAGUAUUCUUCUACAAAUUCAUCAAGAUGCUCGAAUACGAAAUGGCAAAUCCAGGUCAAGAUGGAGAUGCAAAGAAUGAUCCUACACAAAAUGAAAAGAAGCGAGAACAAAUCUUGGAAGAGAGAAACAGGAGAUACGAAAAGAGAAAUGGAAGUUUAAGACCGGGAAGUCGGUUGAGUUAG